AGCAAGCAGGGGGCGUUGGUGUUUGUCGUCACCUCCGGAGUGAGAAUCCCUAAAUUUCGAGAAUCCGUCGCCGAUUACGGCACUAAAUAAACUUGCUGGGGGAAAGAGAGAUAGUACGGUAGAAUGGGAAACCAGAAGCAAAAGUGGACGUCGGAGGAAGAAGAAGCACUACUCGCCGGCGUAUCCAAGCACGGUCCCGGAAAAUGGAAGAACAUCCUCAGGGACCCCGAAUUUGCUCCUUUCCUCACUCAACGCUCCAACAUUGAUCUCAAGGACAAAUGGCGGAAUUUGAGUGUUAGUACAGCAUCUCAAGGCUCAAGAGAAAAGUCCAGGCAACUUAAAGUAAAACUGCUUCCAGCUGCCUCCAUUACAAACACUCCGAAUUCUGCUCCUGCACGUGCUCACAAUGUACCCUCAGAUAUUACCGUGGAAGACCCUUCAAAUAGUGCCUUAGAUGGGAAGAAUGCUCCUAGGUAUAACGCAAUGAUUUUUGAAGCUCUCACAAACAUAAAAGAUGCAAAUGGAGCUGAUAUAAGUGCAAUCAUAAGCUACAUUGAGCAAAGGCAUGAGAUACAAGCAAAUUUUAGAAGGUCAAUAAGUUCAAGGCUGAGAAGACUUGUUUCUCAGGGAAAACUUGAAAAGGUUCAAAAUUGCUACAAGAUUAGAAAAGAUACCGUGUUGGGAGUUAAAACACCCCCUAAAACAAAAGAUAGGAUUCGGCAGCCACAAGGUGGUGGAGUGACAAGCUCCAUUGAGACAGUGGAAGAAGCAGCAACUACAGCCGCCUACAGAGUUGCUGAAGCAGAAAACAAAUCCUUUCUGGCUGCUGAAGCAGUUAAGGAAGCAGAAAGGAUCUCAAGAAUAGCUGAGGAUACCGAAUCAACGCUACAGCUAGUAAAAGAGAUCUAUGAACAAUGCGUCCGUGGUGAAAUUGUUCUCCUUGCUUGAACCCAACGAUGGAUGUCUGAAUUUUAAAAAGAAGAAUUUGGUUGCUCUCAUUAGUUUUUUAUUAUGUAGUUAUUCUCUCUAGAUAAAUUUCUGUACAUGUGCUUAUGAUUUGAUGUAAGAUCUCUAAUUAUCAAGGGAACUAUAACUAAGUUAUAUCAUUUGGUCUGUUGAAAUUAUUUACUUGAAAAUGGUUCUAUAUUCUAAUGAAAAAAAGAUGCUUUU